GUGGAGAACCACAGAGAGAGCAUCCACAACAGAAACUUGACCUAUUCUUUGGCUUUGAUCUAACCAUACAAGCAGAAUGGAAUACUACAAGUUCGCUCUGCUCGUCGUGCUCUUGUCUUACAUCGAGCGCUGCUGGUCUGCCUCCUGUGUGGUGGACACUUUCACGGUCAAGCAGGACUUCGACCCCAAGAGAUAUUCUGGCAAAUGGUAUGCCCAGCAGAAGAAAGACCCAGAGGGCCUGUUCCUGCAGGACAACAUCUCUGCUGAGUACACCAUUGAUGAUGACGGCACCAUGACUGCUUCCUCCAAGGGCCGUGUCACCCUCUUCGGAUUCUGGGUUGUGUGCGCUGACAUGGCUGCCCAGUACACUGUGCCUGACCCCACUGCCCCCGGCAAGAUGUUCAUGAACUACCAGGGCCUGGCCAGCUACCUGUCCAGCGGAGGUGACAACUACUGGAUCAUUGACACCGACUAUGACAACUAUGCCAUCACCUAUGCCUGCCGUGCCCUGAAGGACGAUGGCACCUGCGAGGAUGGCUAUGCCCUGGUCUUCUCCCGCAACCCCCGUGGUCUGCCCCCAGCCAUCCAGCGCGUCGUCCGUGCCAAGCAGGAGGAGAUCUGCAUGGCCGGCCAGUUCCAGCCUGUCCUCCAGUCCGGAGCUUGCUAAGCAGUGCUUGCUUCUUCAGAGGGAUUCCUUCAGCAUGCUGGCAUGGGAGGGGGCAUCCGGGUCGAUAGCGGUGCUUUAGAAAGGUGUAUAGCAAGCUGCACGUUGGGGAGAAGUCAUUUGUGAUUCACUGUGUCAAGGGAAACUUGUUAUG